AUGACCAAUCGUCAAUCCCAUGACGACAAGGAGCGAUCGCUACUGCUCUUCCCCAUUGCCUUUCUCCAUUCCCACUUGUAUUGGUUCUGUUCGGUUAUUUGGACCGUAUGUACCAACUUUUCCACCGAACCCAUCGACCAGCAACAACCACUAGAACAGCAAAAAAAACAAAUUGAACAUCGUAGCAGUAAUAGAAAACUUACCUCUCAACCUACAACGACGGCAGCAGGCUUGAAAGCUGCUAAGCGUCCAAGAGGAUUCUCGGCACCACCACCCCACAACCACCCGUCAUCUGUCAGCACCAGAGGACGCUGUACAACCAUCAGCGCAGGCGCACCCAUUGAAGCAUCAGCGUCAACAUCUACAACGUCAACAACAGCAGCAACAGCGUCAGCAAGACGACGACGUUUCUAUCUCGGUCUACGGUCGCAUCAUCAUCAUCAUCAUCAUCAUCAUGCAUCAGAAACAGAAGAAGAGCAGAUCAUCAUCCGCCCCAGUUUAUCGGACGAACGUACAGGGGCUACGUGUCCUCCCCAAUGGUGGCAAAAGACGCGGUUCUACAUUGACGCUCUCAAACACUCUUCUUCAUCCAGUUCGUCUGUCUGCUCAUUGUCAGACGCUGCUACAGACGCGGAUCCGAGAAUGAGCAUAGAGUCUGUUGAGUCUGCUCCUGCCGGCCCUGCAAUUGCUGCUGGCGCCGUCGGUAGUAAAGGUGGUGUCCCUAUUACCAAUAACGCCGCUAUUGCACCUGCUGCUGCAGCUAGUACAGGUGCCCUGGUUGCUGGCAGUAGUACAGCCACCAGCGAACACCAUCAUCAACAAGAGCAACAGCAACAUCGUCGUAAGCGCUUCUUUCUCAAAUCAUUCCACAAACUAGCAGAUUCUUCAGAGUCCACGGCACAACUGGAGAAAGCACAAGCAGUUAGUGGCAAGCGCACGAAUUCGGUGCGACUUUUGUUCAGAAAGAAGAACAGCACGCUUUGA